AUGAGUGAAAUUAUUAAUACAUUUGUAUGGGAGAUUGGAAGUUUUCAAGAUUAUGUAAAGAGCAUUAGAUAUGGAAAAUAUAUACAAAGUCAUAUAUUUCGCAUACCUCAAAGAACGUUCAACAAGGAACAAGGUGAAGAAGGUGAUGAUUCAACUGAUUCAACCACUCUAUGGCGUUUAUUAAUAUACCCAAACGGAUACACCGCCUCGAACCACAUUUCCUUAUAUCUUGAAGCUAUUAAAACGCCGUAUGAGAUAAUUAAGGGCAUUGAUAAGAGAAAUCAAAUAUAUCAUAUUGGGAUUGGAAUAUCCAACACCAGUUUGAAUUUUCGAUUAUCAAGGGAUUUGAUUCAUCAAAGAACUUCCAACAAAGUCACUUUUGAUUUAAGUAAGGAAUCACCAUCAUGGGGAUUUAAUAAAUUCAUCUCUUUAGAUUCGAUUUUCCCAGUUGGCGAUAAAUCAAAGAAGGUUGAAUUAUUCAUUCAAGUGACCAUUCUAGAUGAUAAACCUGUUGAAAAAGAGAAAUAUUAUGGACAACUUGAAAAAUGGUUUGAGUAUGAAAAUUUUACGGAUGUGGAAUUUAUUCUAGAUUGUGGAUCGAGGAUCAAGGCACAUCGUAUCAUACUCGCGUCCAAUUCAGAAUACUUUAGAAACAUGUUACAAGGUGGAUGGAAAGAACAACAUAUGAAAUCCAUACCCAUCAAAGAAACAAGGUUUGAAAUAUUUCGUACGAUUCUUUAUUACCUAUAUUCGGGCAAGCUGAUGGAUACGAGUCUUGUUACCCUCUGUGACGUUUUUCGUCAGGGUGACAUGAUGAUGUUGGAUGAUAUGAAGGCUUUAAUUGCAAGGAAGUUGAAAAAGUUGAUAAACGAAGAUAUCUGGGAUGAAAUCUUGUUAUUGGCAUGGGAGACAAAAGACCUUCAAUUGAAAAACAUUGGGUUGGAAUACGCGAUGGAUAAUUGGGAAAGGGUGAAAAAAAGGAAAAGGAUUGACCCGCUUAUUUGCAACAUGUUUUGUUGA